GCUUGUCGUCACAAAUUCGUCAAUACUUCCACGCCACCAUACAGCUGUCAUUAGUUUAAUGUUUACAACGUCGAAAAUAUUGUCUGUCAACGACAAUUCCUAUAAGGUCAUUUAUUUUAAAAAUAAAAAUGUCAUUGAUGGCGUGGAAUCUCUGAAACGCGUUUUUUCAUUAUAUUCCCUAUUGCGAUAAUGGAGAUUGCAAAAUCACUUUUCAAUGUACGGGACCACGAAGGUUAUGUCGGCAAAGACGAUCACAACAAAAAGCUACAAGCGCUCGGUUCGGAAGAUGAGUUUGAUAUCGAGGGAUCGAGUUUGUGCGAGGAUCAAAUAUCACCGGCACCGGGUGGUCCAUUUUCAGCACUCACACCCUCAAUGUGGCCACAAGAUAUCCUAGUGAAGCUCAAUCAGCCGGAUGACCCGAAUUCACAACCCGAAUAUAGAUUCGAUGAGUUUGGAUUCCGGGUCGAAGAGGAAGAUGGGCCAGAGCAAAGUUCUAAAAAAUUACUCGGUGUCCCCUUCGUUGAGGAUCCUCAGCACAGAUUACAGUGGGUAGCUCUGAUGGAAUUCAGUCACAACAAAGAAGUUGCAGACACCUCGCGACAAACAUCGGACCAUCGUUUACCUAAAACUGAUAAAUUACGUGAAAUGGUUCGCCGUGGUAUACCACAUUCCCUACGACCACGAAUCUGGAUGAGGAUGUCAGGUGCCGAGCAUAAGCGGCAAGCUUCAGAAAUGACGUACAAGGAUAUCGUGAAAGCGUCGAGUAACGAUGCUUUGAUGACGAGCAAACAAAUUGAGAAGGAUUUAUUAAGAACAAUGCCAGCAAAUGCUUGUUUCAGCAAUCUUCAUAGUACAGGAAUUCCGCGUUUGAGACGAGUCAUGCGAGGACUUGCUUGGCUUUAUCCGGAUAUUGGUUAUUGUCAAGGAACUGGUACAAUGGCAGCUUCGUUGCUUCUUCUUCUCGAGGAGGAAGAAGCAUUUUGGAUGAUGGCAACUAUAGUCGAAGAUUUAUUGCCAGCUUCUUAUUAUUCAUCGACUUUGUUGGGCAUUCAAGCUGAUCAGCGAGUACUGAGAACUUUAAUUUCGAAUUAUCUACCCGACAUCGAUCAUGUGCUCGUACAACACGACAUUGAGCUUAGUCUCAUUUCUUUGCACUGGUUUCUCACUCUUUUCGCUUCGGUCGUACACAUGAAAAUACUGUUAAGAAUAUGGGAUCUUUUCUUGUUCGAUGGCUCGAUCGUCCUCUUUCAAGUGACACUUGGAAUGUUGAAAAUCCGGGAAUCGGAACUGAAGCUGUUGGAGAACUCUGCCCAAAUAUUUAACGCGCUUUCGGAUAUUCCCGGUGACAUCGACGACGUCGAUCAGUUGUUUCAAGUGUCUCUGGAGCUUGGUGGCUCAUUAAGCGACGUUCUCAUCGAGACUCAUCGGCGACGUCAUCUUGCUUAUUUAAUGGCAGAUCAGGGUGGGCUCGUUGGAAAUCCUGACGCAUCACCAAACUUGCCGAAACAACACCUCAAUAGGAGACACAUGAAACGCAACAAAUCCGUCCUACAGACUUUCUUGUUUGGCAGUGAUGACAGCGAAGAAGACGCUAAAUCCAAGAAUAUUCGGCAAACGGAAAUUCUCGUGGAUUUGCGUGAAACGGUUCUUCAAGUGGCUCGUCAUUUUAUAAACGUCGACCCAAAUUUGAGUAAUGUAUGCACAAUCGCGGAUUAUACUAUGGAGAGUCACUCCAAGGAUCACGACAAUUACGUAAACGUGUCACGAACGCGAAAGAGACGAGCCAAAGCUUUGUUAGAUUUCGAAAGACACGACGACGAUGAGUUGGGUUUUCGCAAGAACGACAUUAUUACGAUAAUAAGCCAGAAGGACGAACACUGCUGGGUGGGUGAACUCAAUGGAUUACGAGGCUGGUUUCCUGCAAAAUUCGUUGAGCUUCUCGACGAGAGAAGCAAACAAUACACUUGCGCCGGUGACGAUGCUGUGAGCGAAGCGGUGACGGAUCUAGUGCGAGGGAGUUUAUGCCCAGCUGUAAAAGCCGUGCUGGAGCACGGUAUGCGGAGACCAUCGUUCCUGGGAGGUCCCUGUCAUCCUUGGCUAUUCAUUGAGGAGGCUUCGACUCGCGAGGUCGAAAAAGACUUCAAUUCCGUUUACAGUCGUCUUGUCCUCUGUAAAACUUACAGACUUGACGAGGACGGCAAAGUUCUCACACCCGAAGAGCUUCUCUAUCGCUGUGUUCAGGCUGUCAAUUUGACCCAUGACAACGCUCACGCACAAAUGGACGUGAAAUUACGUUCACUCAUCUGCCUUGGCCUCAACGAACAAGUCUUGCAUCUUUGGCUCGAAGUCCUGUGCUCGUGCGUCGAAGUUGUCCAGAAAUGGUACCAACCAUGGAGUUUCAUAAACAGUCCAGGAUGGGUUCAGAUAAAGUGUGAGCUCAGGAUACUGAGCCAAUUUGCUUUCAAUUUAAAUCCCGACUGGGAGUUGCCACCUAAAAAAGAGCACUCCCAACCAUUGAAGGACGGCGUUCGUGACAUGCUCGUCAAGCAUCAUCUGUUUAGUUGGGAUUUGUAGAAAAUGAAUGAAAACCGGAGAGACAGAAAUCAAAUAAUGGAACGAUGAUUUUAGAAAGGAUGAAAAAGAAUCUGUACGAUGAGAGAGACAAGAGUAUACGUAAGUUUGGAUCAAUUCGUCUUGAAGAAGAGCAAAGGAAGCAGAAAUUAGAAAGUAACAAAACAAAGGUUUACGUACCAUAAGUUGAUGAAUAAUUUGUAAAUACUGAUCCGUUUGACCCGAUGAAUUUCUUCAGUACCUGCAAGGAAUAAUGGCUUCCCCUUAUCCGUCGAUAAAAAUGAUCUUCGUUUUUUUCCGCAUUUUUUUUCGACAAGAAAAAACUGAAUUUUCUUUUCGAGAAAAAAGGGAAAAAUUUGCACGAAGCGCUCAAUGUUAUACAGUGGAAUGAAUAUUUUCCUAGUACCGAACAUCCGUCCUUUUAGUUUGAUGUUCCAUGAUCGAAGAAUAGUAAGUUCGACGUGAAUCGACCGCGAACGACACGUUCGACCAAAGAAUAAAGCGAGCAAGUUUUGAAGUCGAUGCCCUUAAAAUUGUUAUACAUAUACGUUGUAUGUGGCACUAAAACGAACAAUGUUUCGUGGCGUUUUCGUAUCAUUUGUUUCGGCACUCAUCACUAUUAAUGUUCCGUGCAGCAUGGGGUACUUGCAUGGGACAAAAUCACACAUUUCUUCGUAUUCGUGACGACUAAUUAGAAUUUGUACGGUAUCAUAACGAAGUGGUAUUUCUACGAAAAUUUCUAUGUAAAUUACGUAAUCUUUCGUUUUCCAACGAAUCUCCAUUAUUUCUUGUACAGUUUCCUCUUUGAUAACACACUUCACUGGAAAUUUGUGUUCACAAUUAGCGUGAAAGUGUUGAAUUUUUUGUAAGAUAACUCUUCGAUCGCUAUUGUAUUUAUGAUUAUUUGUGCAAGCACUGAAUAAGUAGAAACAAAGAAUAUAUCGAAAAUUUAAAUAACUGCAA